AUGGCGCAAAGCGAACAGCGCCGCAACUGGUCGUGGGACGAGGACAAGGUUUUGCUGAUUCAACCAGCCACAGACAAGCCGUUCGCGGCUGAAAAGGGUCAAUUGACGAAAGCGUGGCAGGCGUUGGCGAACACGUUGCUGGCUUGCGACCACUUCACCCGGGUGGUGGAUGGCCGAAAGGUGCAGAACCGAUUUUCUGCACUUGUCGAAGAGCACCGUCGUUUCAACAAGGCCUCGGCGAAGCUCUCCGGUGAUGACGAAGAAGAGACGGAGAAACACAUCCUUCUCGACGACAUAGUUGCUCUCCUAGACGAUGUGAAAGAAAUCGCAUCGCAGAAGACGAGCAACAGCGUGGUCUAA